AUGACAACCCCCACCGAUCUACCUCUCCACAUCCUAAUAGUAGGCGCCGGCUUCGCCGGUCUCUCCGCCGCCAUCGAAUGCACUCGCAAGGGUCAUAAAGUCACGCUCUUUGAAAAAGUUUCUGCUAUUGACGAGAUUACUCGCUACGGAGACAUCAUUUCCUUUGAUCCCAAUGGGUCGCGCGCCUUUGAGAAGUGGGUGUUUCCAGAUACGUCAUCGGUGGCAGAAAGAAUGGAAGAACUUUCUCGACAGACGGACUGGUUGGAUUUGUUCCAUUACCGGGGGGAAUUUGUGACGAGACAGAGUUUUGCAGAGGAGAAUAAGUGGGGAAGGAGAAUAAGUGGACAUAGAGGGGAAUUGCAUCGGUUGGUGUAUGAGUUUGUGAAGACGAGAAAGAAGGAAGUGGAGGUUAGGUGGGGGGUGAGGGUUGUGGAGUAUUUUGAGGAGGGUGAUGAUCAGGGAGAUAAUGGGCCACAUGCUGGGGUGGUGAUUAAGGGGCCGGAUGGGCAGGUGGAGAAAGUGAUGGGUGAUGCUGUGUUGGCUGCCGAGGGAGUUCGGUCGAGAGGGAGGAAGUUGGUACUGGGACUGGAGGAGGAUGAGCAGCCCAAGAGUUCGGGGUAUGCGGUUUACAGAGCUUGGUUCCCUUCUGAACCUGCCAUUGCGAAGAAUCCGAUUACGAAACAUCUGGUGGAAAAGAGAGAUCAACAUGAGGGGUAUAUUGGGCCGGAUAUACACUUUCUGGUUUCUAGCAUCAAGGGCGGCAGCGAGAUCAACUGGGUGUUUACCCACAUCGACGACGGCAACAUUGAAGAGUCGUGGCAGUUCCCAGGAAAGCCGGAAGAGGCUUUGGCUUACCUUGAGGGGUGGUGUCCUGUGGUGAGGGAACUGGUCAAGGCUACGCCGCCGGGGAGGUUGAUCGACUACAAGCUUGUCUACCGAGAGCCAUUGCCGACUUUCGUCAGUCCCAAGGGGAGGAUUGCGCUUAUAGGAGACGCCGCUCAUCCGUUUCUGCCGACGUCGAUUCAAGGCGCUAGUCAAAGCAUUGAAGAUGGGACUGUAGUGGCUGCGUGUUUGCAACUUGCCUACCAAAGCAGCAAAAAGGGGGACAUGUCAAAGGAGCAGGUGGUACCCACGGCCCUUAAAGCUUAUGAGAAACUGAGGUACGAAAGGGUACAUAAAGCCCAAGCCAUGGGACCAAAGACACGAGAGAGGUGGCAUAAGGCGGACUGGGAUGGACCGGAAGGGGUCUGGAAUGUUCCAGAGAAGCUUUGGCUGCUGAGGGAGGAGUGGCUGUUGGGAUUUGAUGCUGAGGGGGAUACCUAUAAGCGGUGGCCUGAUAUUGUCAAGGAAUUGCAGAGAAAGGAUGAUGGGAGGAAAGAGAGCAAUGUGGUGGGGUUGGAUGGGAAGAGUGGGAAGGCAAUGUUGUGA